AUGGCCUCCGAGACACGAGCCUCCGAGUCGGCUCCCAUGCUCGACUCGUCCGGGGCCCCCGUCUCUGCCGAGUCCAGCGUGGAUGGCCCUUCAGCUUCCAUGAUGGACCAAGUCUUGCGCCUGGGAGGUGGAGUUACGGUCUCUUUCUUGCACGACUCGCUCUUUGUUAAAGAUAAGGCAGCGGCGAAGCGUGACCAAUCCAAAAUCUGCGGCAUCCCAGUCGGAUCCUCAGAGUCGUCAUUUCAUAUACCCUUCUACCAUGUUCUUUGGGCCGAGGCAGCCCAGGACACAAUCACGAUCGAUUAUGCCACGGUUGUCAAGGACAAGGCCCGGGCCAGGAAGCUCAAAUACACGUUGGGCGACAUUCCCUCGGCGACGGCCGCGGCAUGGGCUAGCAUCCUCCUCGAAAAAGCAUACGGGCUAGCCAAGCAGAAGAAGCGUGCCAAGGUUCUUGUGAACCCCCAUGCGGGCCCUGGCGGCGCUGAAAAAAUCUGGGAACACGAUGUCAAGCCGCUUUUCGACGCAGCCCGCAUGCCCAUGGACAUUGUACGGACGACGUACUCGGGCGAGGCGAUUGACAUCUGCGAGAAACUCGAUAUCGAUGCAUAUGAUGUCGUGAUACCAUGCUCCGGCGACGGCCUGCCGUACGAGGUGUUCAAUGGCCUCGGCAAGCGUCCAGACGCAUCACGUGCUUUGGAGCAGCUGGCUGUAGCACAUGUCCCGUGCGGCAGCGGCAAUGGACUAAGCUGCAAUAUCAAUGGAAGCCACAAGGCCGGCCCGGCCGCGUUGGCCAUUAUAAAGGGUGUGAGAACACCAAUGGAUCUCAUGAGCAUCACCCAAGGUGACCAGCGGAUCCUAAGCUUCCUGAGCCAGUCCUUUGGUAUCGUUGCCGAAUGCGACUUGGGAACUGAGAACCUUCGCUGGAUGGGCCCAGCCAGGUUCGACCUUGGCGUCGUGCAGAGGAUCUUUACGAGGAAGACGUGGCCAGCUGAAGUGUCCGUGAAAACAGCCAUUGCGGAUAAGAACGAGGUCAAGUCCUUUUACAAGCAUGGGAGAGGCCAGGACUACACCGUUCGACGAACUGGCACUACUGCCGACAAUGAAGUGCAGCCAGGCCAAGGUCUCCCGCCUCUCAAGUAUGGUACCAUUCAUGACGAGGUGCCCGAGGACUGGGAGACAACCACAUACGAUAAACUGGGCAACUUUUACUGCGGCAACAUGGGAUACAUGGCCCCAAAUGUCAACUUCUUCCCUGCUGCGCUACCCAACGACGGACACAUGGAUCUGAUUAUCAGCAAUGGUGACAUUUCCGUCAUCAAAUAUAUUGAGCUCAUGACGGCCAUCGAGAGUGGAAAACAUUAUGACAACCCAUUGUUAUCGUAUCGCAAGGUUUUGGCGUACCGCCUCACACCAAAAAAGAGCGAGGGCUACAUCAGCAUCGAUGGCGAGCGCAUCCCAUUUGAGCCUUUUCAGGUUGAAAUACACCCCGGACUGGCCACGGUCUUGUCAAAGAAUGGCCAAUUCGAGGCUCCAGGCCCUCUCGGGUGGGAAAAGGCCGAACCUAGCACCAGCAUCUCGGCGUAA